CUUUCUGGCUUUUUGAAAAUGACAAUACCUGUUGACAAUUGACAGUAGUGAAAUAGAAUAGAAUAGUUCGUUCUCUUAGUUGGUAACAUAAUAGUGAAUAAAAAAGUUUUUUCAAAUAUCUAAGAUCCUACGAUAAAAUGUAACAAAAAUAGCGUAAAUAUGAUGAAAUACAGAUUUAUUGAUUUCAAAUAGAUUCAAAUCUAAUGAUAUAUCAUUCUACUAUCCUGAUAAAUUGUAUUAUUCGCUGACAUAUGACAGCUGAAAAGAGGUCAAAUUGAGAACGUAGUUGAUAUAUUGACGAGAUUGAUGAUGGGAUUGUAAACAAGAUAUUAAUAAAUGCAAUAUUAAUUAUUAUUUUGUGUAUAAACAUGUCUUUGGUCCCAGAUUAUGAUUCAUCAAGUCCUAGCUCGUCUAGUUCUUCAAUUAGUGAUUCGGAAGGAGAAAAUAUACAAAUAAAGAAAUUGCAAGUUAACAUCAAAACUAAACUACCUACACCUACUUUUGGAGCCUCUAAUGAUUUACAAAAUAAAUUAUCAAAGACUUCGGUUUUCAAAAACCCAUUUGUAGAAGCAGAAAAUGCAAAAGAAGCCAUUUUGGAAAAGCAUGUGAAAAUGGUAGAUGCAAAAGACAAUACGGUUAUUAUAAACGGCAAGAAAAUUUGUUGGAAUUAUAGAAAAGGCAGAUGUAGAUUUGGACAUAAAUGUAAAUACGCACAUGAUUCAGAUAUCCAAAAGACAAAAGAGCAAAUAGAGGUUGAAAAAGCAGUUACAAUUAAUAAUUCCAUCGUUUGUGAAAAUAUUCUCAGUGGAAUGAAAUCAAAACCUGUUAAAACAACUGAUGAAAGAUCUGACAAUGAAGAAGGAAAUACAAAGAAUAAACAGAAAAGGAAGAGACCAGGAUUAACACAAGGAUUAAUCCCUGGUAAAAAAAUUAUGAAACAGUAUUUAGAUCAAAAGACUUAGUGCAAAAUUGAGAUUAAAUUAUUAUCAAGUACAAAUUUUAAAGUCUAUAAGAUACAAGCACUUUGAUGGAUUAAAAAAUGGAGAUUGUGUUCUACUGUAAAUAAAUAUCAAUCAUGUAUAUUGUUUCUUUAAUUAUAUCACAUUAAAACACUCACACAUUGAUGAAACUUA